GAGUAGUACAUGUCGAAUAAUUUCAAAAAAGUUUUAAAUGUUAUCAAUUUUAAUAUCAACAAGUAUUAACUAUAAUAAUUUAAAAAUGCUAAUGAUAUCGAGUUAUCAAUGUUAUAAUUAUUGUUAUUCCCUGUUAAGUUUUUGAUAAGGUCGUGCAACUAAUAAUAAUUAACUAUUAUUUUACUAUCGCGUAGUUUUGUGGGUGCAAUUUAUUUAUGUAUGAAAUUUUAAGGAUAUUUAAUAUUAACAAGUGUGAUUAUUCUGUUUUCAUUAAUUUAGAUCCAUGAAAUAAAUAUUAGCAAGGAUAUAAAAUGGAACCUGCAAAGCCAUUUGCAUGCACAAUGCCAGAUUGUGGUAAAACUUUCACAAAUGAAGAUCACCUACAUGUGCAUACAAAGAAGCAUGACAUGGUGCUAACACUUGGCAACGAGCAGAGAGCAGCUUUUAUUGCUGAUCAGACACCAACGCCAACUCGGUUUAUAAGAAAUUGCGAAGAAGUCGGACUCUUUCAGGACUUGCAAAAUGUCAGCGUCAAUCCGUUCGACGAAGGUUUUAAGAGAGCCAUGGAGACCAAACACGGUGGGCUUUCAGCUGAGUCACAGAGCGAAGAAGCGCUGCACACUCCACAUCUUGUGUUCCCGGUAGAUGGAGGGGACUGUACCUUGUAUACUGCUAAUAACCAACGGAACAUCACUAUUAGCAGAUCGUCAAGUGAUGAAUCAGGUGCCGUUAAGGAAUAUGAAACAACAACAAUAUCAAAACUGACAAACGAAGUAACAACUAUCAGUCGAGUAGUCGGCAAACCUGACAUUGUCGAUAGAGUGACCACAGACGAUGUGUCCAUAGUGAAACAUGGCGACAAAGACGGUGUCAACGAAACAGUUUACACCAACAACGUAAUUAAAAUACUCAGUAACGUUGCAAUACGUAAAGAUGAAGCACGACAUAAAAUUGUCGAGCCUAAAGAAACGGAAACUGUUAAAGACAUACCGCCGAUAUUGAGCCAGAAAUCGUUGGAUUACGUUGUCGAUAGUCUGGCGGCAGACUGUCAGAAGAACGUUUUGAAACGGAAGCCGAAAGAAGAUACGAUCAAUGAAAAAGAUAUCGAAGUAGUUAUCAAGAUGCCGAACGGAAAGAGUGUUAAAAUGAAGGCAGUGGAUGAUGAAAAUGCAAAGGAAAAGCUGAAAAGGGUUAUAAGUAGUAAAAGUCAGAAUCCUAUGCCUGUUCCAAACGUAUUACCGUUAGGUGGGACGUUGAUACCAGUUACGUUUGUAACUCCACCUGUGAUUACAUACCCGAAGGUACCGAUAGCGCCAUUACCAAGGUUGGCUAAGAAACCGACCUUGAAUAAGAAUGGGCAUAAAGAGCCUGAUGACGAGGAUCAUGAGAAAAAAUGGAAGACGGCCUUCGCACAGAGCAGGAAUGCGGCUUCCAAACGAUACAGGGAAAGGUUCAAAAUGAACAUGAAACGACAAUCAGAAGAGAACAGACUAUUACGCGAAGCGAAUCUUAAAUUGAUGGCAGAGAAGUCGAUGCUUAAGUUCAUAAUCACACAACAUCUUAAAAGAUGUCCGAAUUCAGAGGAUCUCAAAGCGCGAUACCAAAAAGUCUGUAACAACUCGCCGUAGAUAUAUUAUCUACAAGAAAUUGACUGAUUAUUAAUUGAAUUACCCGGGGAAUGGUACAGGCACCAGGGAUAUGUUUAGGAAGGAAAGUAUAUAUUAUGUUAAUAUUGUAUCAAUUGGGCGCUCCAGGAGUCCAACUAAUUUUAGAACUACAUCUAUCCAGCUCAAAGGUCCUGUAGAAUGAUGGAAGACUGUGUUGUAAAAUUUUUCGUUCCAACCGUUGUACAGAGAAGCUUAGAAACGAAAGUACUACAGGGUAAUUAUAAAAUGUAACAUGUUUUUUACAGAACGAAAUUAACUCCAAACAAUUUGUUAUGUUUUUAAAGUGAUCCCUUCUAGGAUUAAUACACAAAUAGAAUUUCUCUGCCAACUGAGCUAACCGUUCCGAGUGACGUAUCGUCAUAAAAUCUUGUAUGCUUUGUUCAACUCUCAGGUUGUGGCUUCAUCUACAGGAUCCACUUUACAGUUGAUAACCUGCUCAAUCACAAUAUUUGCAUAUUAGGAAAUGUUGAAGCCACAACCUGAGAAUUCUUCUUUAUUUAAGAGAUAUUUUAUAGCAAAGUCGUCACAUAUUCGGUUACGCGCCAUCUUGUUUUUUUUUUAUCAAAGUAGUAAAUAUAUUACUUUGAAAUUGAUAAAAUAAAAAGACUUAUAUGCUCUCAUGUCUGUAUAUAAUUAUAAAAUAGCUUUAAUUUAAUUAGGAUUUUUUUCCCUCAUUCUAUCCAAUUUCUGUGAAGUUGUAAAUAGUAGAAAAAUUAUAUUUGUUUUAAAGAUGUUUCACUUAUUACCUGUGUACAUUCGCAUAUAUUUUGUUCAAUAAGUGCCAUCAAUUUAAGUUCGUUUUAUGAAGAAAAAGUGAUGCAACUUUGAGGUCAAGUCAGUAAUAUCACGAUCUAUGGUCUCUAGUUUACGUCUAAAUAACGUGUUCGUCUCGGGACGCCCAACAAAAGUGAUAACUUAAAAUAAUCUAAGUUGAACUUGAGAAAAGCUUAAUUUUAUAUUUUUUUAUGUAAGGAAAGGUUAUUUAUUAAUAAAAUCUUUUAUUGGUUAUAAAA